AUGGGCAAACUCAGCAUCGAUCAGCUCAAGCUCGAGGGCAAGCGCGCUCUCAUCAGGGUUGAUUUCAACGUCCCCUUCGAUGAGGGUAAGAUCAGCAACACGCAGCGCAUUGAGGCCGCACUGCCCACCAUCAACUACGCUCUCGACCACGGCGCCAGCGUCGUCCUGAUGAGCCACCUCGGUCGUCCUGACGGCCUGCCCAAGAAGGAGUUCUCACUCCGCCCCGUGGCCGAGGCUCUCAGCAAGUUCCUCAAGAGGGACGUCAAGUUCCUGGAUGACUGCGUGGGUCCCGAGGUCGAGGAGGCUUGCGCCAACAUCAAGCCCGGUGAGGUCAUCCUGCUGGAGAACCUCCGCUUCCACAUCGAGGAAGAGGGCUCUGGCGUGGACGAGGAGGGCAAGAAGGUCAAGGCCGACCCGGCCAAGGUCGAGGAGUUCAGGAAGUCGCUCACCAAGCUCGGCGACGUGUACAUCAACGACGCCUUCGGCACUUGCCACCGCCCCCACAGCUCGAUGGUGGGCGUCGACCUGCCCCGCGCUGCCGGCUUCCUCGUCAACAAGGAGCUCAAGCACUUCGCCGAGAUUCUCGAGAAGCCCGAGCGCCCCUUCCUCUCCAUCCUCGGCGGUGCUAAGGUGAGCGACAAGAUCCACCUGAUCAACAACCUGCUCGACAAGGUCGACGAGAUGAUCAUCGGCGGCGGCAUGGCCUACACCUUCAAGAAGGUGGUCUACAACGUCGAGAUUGGCAAGUCCAUCUUCGACGAGGGCGGCGCCAAGAUCGUGAAGGACAUCGUCGCCAAGGCCGAGAAGAACGGCGUCAAGCUCCACUUCCCCGUCGACUACGUCACGGCCGACAAGUUCAGCAAGGACGCCCAGGUGGGCCAGGCCACCGACGACGAGGGCAUCCCCGAGGGCUGGCAGGGCCUCGACGUCGGCCCCAAGUCCCGCGCGCUCUUCCGUGAGGUCGUACUCCGGGCCAAGACCAUCGUCUGGAACGGACCCGUCGGCGUCUUCGAGUUCCCCUCGUUCGCCGAGGGCUCCAAGGACCUCCUCUCCGCCGUGGUCGAGGCCACCAAGAACGGCGCCACCAGCGUCAUCGGCGGCGGCGACACCGCCACCCUGGUCGAGCAGCAGGGCGCCAUGGACAAGGUCAGCCACGUCUCCACCGGCGGCGGCGUCUCCCUCAUGCUCCUCGAGGGCCAGGAGCUGCCCGCCGUCACCGCCCUCUCCGACGCCAACAUCGCCGCCAGCCUCUAA